AAUACUCAUCCCCCACAAAAACUCAGAAAGAAAUGUUUAACAGAAUUUGCAAUACCUUACACCCCAAGCUAGAAUAAAUUAACAAGUAUAUAUAAUCAAAAAAAUUAUAGGACAGUUGUCGAUUAUAUAAUGGUUUGGUUUGGUUUUGCUUCCCUUUUCUUUUUUUUUUUUUUAAACAUAUUGGUUUUGCUUCCUUUACUAGUACUAUUAUAUAUCAUAAUUGGUAACCUCUACUUAGACGCCAUAUAGUACUUAAAUUUAAGAUCACACAAUAAUUGAUAUGAAGGCACAAAUGACUCAUUCUGUUUUUGCUUCACACCCUUCCUAACACACUUUCUAUACAACAAGAAGAAACAUAUUCCUUCACAAACAACAUGGCUUACUAUAAUUUCAUCUCUUGUGUUGCUAUUAUAAUUAUUCAUUACACCUUGAUAUUUUCCUCUUCGAUCUCUUUUUCCUCAAAAACCAAUCUUGGAAAAAACCACCCAUGGAAGAUGUUAACACACUUGCUGGAGAUUGUGUUGUCAUAUCAUGCUGCUGCCAAUGCUUGGUUUUGCAAAUCAUCAUCUUUGUUUUGCUCAAGCUGCCUUACAAGUUGAUUCGAAAGACGAGGAAUUUCGCUAAAAAGAAGCUUCAACAGAGAAAGAGAUCAGAAGAGAAGGUGUUGAUGAACAUGGUUGGAAGAGAGCUAAUGAGAAAGUACAAAAAUAAUGAAGUUGUGGGAAUUAUUGGAGAGUCCAUAAAGAUCCAAACUAUUGAUCAUCAUCAAAGUAUGUUAUCUUUUGAGGGAAUUUAUAAUAAUCAUUGUUGGGGUUGUAUGAAUGAAGUUGAGAAGGUAAUGGAAGAGUUGUCUAACAAGGGAGAGUUUGGCUUUGGAAGCUUUUGGUGUAAGGAAGAAGAAUCUGAUGAAUUAAUAUUCCCAACAUGUUUGGAAAAGAAAGAAUUUGUAAAUUACCACUUAAUUGAAAUGGUUGGUUCUUUAAAUUGUUCAUGAUUAUACAUUUGUUUGUUUCUACUGUUAUAUAUUCUUCCUUUGAUGAUUAAUUUAAAUCAUCUUCUUC